AUGCCGCACCCCCGUAUCCCCGGAUUCGCGGCCAUGAAGCGUGCUGACCAAGGCGCCAAGCAAGAAACCCGCCCCGAGUCUCAAAACAAAGGAGUUACUCUUGUUGAGAGUUUGGCACUUCGCAGUGUCACGACAGAAAAGACUUCCGGUCUCAGACUCGUGAACAAUUCUCCUGGUGGCGGGCACCAGGAGAACGUCGUUGCCAAAGUCCCUGGCCUCGCGGGGACUUAUGCCGCGGUCAUAGACAACCCCGACAGCCUCAUAAAGGCAUACAGAAUACUCCCGCGAGGCAGAAUCAGCGUGAUCUUUGCUGUGCCCCCGAACGGGCCGGGGGCCAGUAUGACCUCCACCGAGAUUCCGUGGUCGGCACUGAAGGCCGGAGAGGACGAAGCCGCCGCCACACCAGACACACCAGAGAACGAAAGCAACGACGACCAAGCCCUCGACGACGGCGAGGCUGUUUUUGAUGAUGACGAGACCGUCGUCGGAGAGGAUCACAGCCUUAAGAAGGGGGCUCGUGAAGAGGACACCGAAACCUCUGCUCAGCCAACUACCACCACCACCGCGCCCGCGACCGAACCGGAGGUGCCCUACCCAGACUUGCUGGGAUUAUUCAUUUAA